AUUCACCAGAAUCGACUCCCGGCGUAGCAUCCGGCUUGGUGCUGCCGAUUGGUGGUUAAGAGCAGCGAGAACAAUAGCACCCGUGGCCCCAGGCUGAAAGGCAGCCAUCGUCAAGCGCCACUACCGCCUCACCCAGACCAUCCAACAUAGUCUUCGACACGUGGCGCAACUUUGCGGCUACAUUCCGGUUGCGAUUUACAUUGAAGCCUUGUUAAUCCAACGUUGUACCAGGCAGUGAUCCUCAGCCGACAAUUUCCUGUUGUUUAACGGUACUCUUUUGCUUCAAGCGAGGGUGUUGGCAUCGGAAACCGGCGUGUCUGCGAGUCGCUCGUUCCUGUUCGGAACAUCUUGUAUGAGGCGCAUUAUAGACCACAAGCACAGAAACCAUGGCAGCAAAGAACACAGCCGCAAAAGCAGCAAAUGCGGCUGUUGCUGCCGCCACCAGCAGCAGUAGCGGCAGCAACGGCAACACCAGCAUGAGGCUCCUUGCCAUCCCAUUGGCCAGGGCGAAAGCCGGCGCGCAUCCCAUUGUCACCUAUGUCGCACAACGCGCCGCCGCCCAUCCUGCGUCCUCCUCCUCCUCCGCCACCUCAUCUUCCAGCUUUGACCCGCAAGGGGAGACGAAGACGCCCCUCGCGACACGCCUGCUGACUCGCGCCUCGAACUUCUGGAUGGACCUCGGCAAGCCCGGUGCCAAGAGCACCUUCGACUGGAAGCGGCGGACGUACAAUGUGGGCGAGAAGCUCAUGGAUCGGAUCGACUACACAGAGUGGAGCCUCAAGGCGAUCGACCCGGCGCUGGGUCCAGAGAUCAAGAGGAGCAAAAGCGCAGAAGGGCAUCAAGAGGGAGAGGGAAUGCGUGCUGCAACUGGCGAUGCUGGAAGCCUGGCCAAAGAGCAUGGCAUAGUGUCAGGCCAAGGGGAUAUACCGCUGCUCUACCCAUCCACACUCCCCAGCGGCGACUUUCGCGUAUCACCGACGGUGCUGCUCGGCUCGCUGCGCAACCUUGUAUCGCACCGAACGCCUCAUCACCGGCAGCGGCUGAUCUACUGCGUCGUCGGUAUGCCUUUCACCAUUCCGUUUGCACUAGUUCCCGUCAUCCCGAACUUGCCCUUCUUCUACCUCUGCUGGCGCGCGUACAGCCACUGGAAGGCGUGGAAGGCGAGCGAGUACCUCCAGGGCAUGAUUGCCCUCGGGCGCAUCAAGGCUGUGCAGAGUAAGGAUCUCGAGGAUAUGCUGGCCGCUGCUGCUCCCCUUUCUAAAGGAGAGCAAGACGCCAAGCCUGUAUCCUCGACACUAGAUGGAGCAGCAUCACCCGAAUCAUCGAAAGCCCCACCGGAACCGGAGCCGGAAGACGAGCGGAUGAUAUUGCAGCCGCAUCACAUCGACUUGCUCAACAAGCGCUUCGAUCUCGACCGCCAGUCUAUCGUCGAUCUGCGCCGCGCACGCAUGCAGGCGCAGGCGCAGCUGCAGGUGCAAGUGCAGGCACAGGUACAGGCUGACGAGCAGGAGCAGGAGCAACAGCAGCAGACGAAGUGCGGCGUGCUGCACGAGCUGCAGCGCGUAGCGCAGCUCGCCGACAAGGAGCAACAGGAGCAGCAAGGACGAAAUAAUGGGUGAUAGUGUAUGGGAGCGGUUCGUGCUCCCUGGCAUUGCAAAUGUACCCAUGAGGAAUUGGAAGAUUCACGGGAUGCCACCCGCAGCAAACUUCUCGGGGUUUCUCGUGCUAUGAGGCGCCGGCGCAUCGAUUUUCGUGUCGACCAUACGCAGUGUUGAGCGCUAGUCAGCGUGGGGGCGUCAGGUGUUAGCGCGAUGGUAAUGUUAUGCGAGCGAGGCAAUUAGAAUGGCACUACGCUGAAAGUGAU